AUGGCCCCGAGCCUCGUAACAAGUGAGCUUCGAAAGUCUCUGCCUUUGUCAAGCUCUUUAGCGAUAUCUUUCCUUGCUUGUCACAAGGUUCGAGCACCUCUUCUUCCCACGGAUAUAGUGAGAUGGGUAGAGGAAGGUUCGAUUCCGUACCGGUCGUGUUUUCUCAAGAUUCAAGAAAAGAUGGGAGCGAGAUCAGCUGCUUGUCCUGCGGAAGCGAGGGUAACGUUCAGCGUCGAUGAGAUUGUUUCCGCUCAGAGUUUAGAAUCACUAGCGGCAUAA